AUUCAUUAACGAAAAGUUUGUGGUGGAAGCAACACGAACGAAAAGGAAAUUUGUGAAAAGAAAAGUUGCAAGUGAUUUUAAUUUUAAUAAAUUUUAGUAAAAUAUAGAAAUAAGUUUUAUAUAAAAAAUGAAAUACUUUAUAGUAUUGGCCUUGUGCCUUAGUGCUGUUGUGGCAGAAGAAUUACAUGAAAGUGGAGUUGAUUUUCAUACAUUACAUUUCAGUCAACAUCAUCAAACUCUAGAAGAGGCUAAGAAGAAGAUUGCCGAUGUUUUGGAAGGUCAACAUGCUGAAUAUGAAGAAGUUGGUUCUUAUGGCGGUGUAGGUGGUGUCGGUGUUGGCACUGUUGGUUUCUCUUCAUCUGGUUUGUCUGGUGCUGAUUAUGCCUCCACUGCCGGUAGCAAUACUGGUUAUGGUGCCUCUUCUAGUUCUCAAUUCGGUGCUUCGUCUGGCUCUCAAUUUGGUGCCAGUCACUCUGCCAACUUUGCUGCCUCUUCUUCCUUUGACAGCAAUGCCAACUUUGGUGCUAGUCAUGGUGUAAAUGCUGUUCAUGGUGCCGGUGUUCAUUCAUCUGGUACUCACGGUGGUUCCUCUGUUGUUAUCCCCGUUGUAGGUGGUGCUGGUUCUACUUCUUCCUAUUUGGAAAGUUCUGCUGCUGAAAAUGUUCAUCAUGCUGCUCCCGAAGUUGUUGUUAGCGGUGGUCUUGGUGGUCAUGAAAGUUUCGUACGUCAUGAAGAACGUCGUACCGAAAACCAAGUUGCCACUCCUCUCGUCUAUACUGCUCCCUCUGGUGGUUCUGAGAAAUACUAUCAUCAUGAAGAACGUCGUGUUUCCAAUGCCGCUACUCCCGUUGUGUACACUGUCCCCUCUACUGGCGGUUCAGAAAACUAUGUCCAUCAUGAAGAACGUCGUACUCAAACUCAAACUUCUGCUCCCAUCAUUCAGUUUGCUCCCUCUUCGGGUGGUUCGGAGAAAUAUGUUCAUCACGAAGAACGUCGUGUUGAAAAUCAAGCCGUUCCUAUUGUUCAUUACACUGCUCCAUCUGGUGGUUCCGAAAAGUACAUUCACCAUGAAGAACGUCGUGUACAAAACCAAGCUGUCCCCAUCAUCCAGUACACUGCUCCCUCUGGUGGUUCCGAAAAGUACAUUCAUCAUGAAGAACGUCGCGUACAAAACCAAGCCGUUCCCGUUAUCCAAUACACCGCCCCCUCUGGUGGUUCUGAAAAGUAUGUUCACAUCAAGGAAGAACAUGUUCAACAAGCUCCCGUUCAAAUGGUUGUCACCUCCCCAGCUGGUGGUCAAGAAUCUUAUGUGAAAUACCGUAAAGUUACUACCACUGCCUCUCAACCUCAAGUGAUUGUACACACUGCCCCUGCCACUAGCUCUUCUUAUGUUCACCACAGCUCAACUGGUGCCACCACUGGCUCUCAAUUGGGUCCUUUGGUCACUGGUAGUCUUACCUCUGGUGCUAACUCUAACUACAAGACUGGUUUCUAUGGCAACUCUGCCUACACUGCUCCUUCCACUACUUACGGUACAGUUGGUAGCACUAACUCUUUGUUCAAUACUGGUUUCGGUGCCUCUCACCAAGCUGCUUCUAACUUUGGUGCUUCUCACCAAGCUGCUUCUAACUUUGGAGCUUCCCAUCACGCUGCUUCCAAAUUCGGUGCUGGUCACCAAGCUGGUUUCGGUACUGGUGCUAGCAGCGCCUUUACUGAUGCCUCUACUUUCGGUUCUCAAUUCGGCGCUCAAUCUAAAUUCGGGUCUUCUUUCGGUGCUGAAUCCAAAUUCGGUUCUCAAUUCGGUGCUGAAUCUUCCUUCGGUACUGGUUCUGCAUUAGCUGCUUCAUCUGGUUUGCACAACUAUAUGCAGGAAUCUGAACGUUUAGCUAAAAUGCAAGCUCAAGGUAUGUCUGUUGGCGGUACCCGUGCUGGUGGCAGUCAAUUCAAUGCUAACAUGGAUAGUGGUGCUAGUUUUGGAAGUUUCGGUGGCCUUGCUGGCGUUGGUGCCGGCAAUGCUGGUUACAAGACCAAAUCAUGGGAAAAGGCCUCCAAAUGGUCCAGCCAAUCUGAGUUCGGCUCCGAUGGUCAAGUGAAAAACUUCAAAGAAUUAUCCACUGGUGAAAGUGAAAACUACGACAUCAAUGGUCGUCGUGUUGGCUACAAAGCCGCCACCACAACUUUGGAUGACAACGGCAAAGUAAGCAGCUACAGUCUCCACACAUAAAUCUAGUUCUUAGAUAUUUAAUUCGUUGUUUCCUUUUUCGUACGAUUUUCAUGUAAUUUAUAAGAUUAAAGUUCAUUAAUUUAAAAAUAAAUAAAAUUACAAAAUAAUUAAAAACAAAUAAA